AUCAAAACCUCACAAACUUCAAAGUCAGUCCUUGAGCCGUCUCCUCUAUUCUUCGCAUCUCUCCAGAUCCCAGUUCAAUUUUUGACGCCACCAGGCCUUAGCAUUCCUUACGCUUUCUCUCUCUUCUGAUUGCUAUGCAUAUUGUGUUCGCAUGUCGCUCAUUACUCACAAUCCGUCGCCUUUCCCUCCUUCACCUUCCGACCCUUCGACAAAACCUACCCAGAUAAAAUUCUUUCGCCCUGCUCAGAUGGCUCUUUUUGCCCAACUUGCAGUAUAUCCUCCUCUGGCACAAGUAACGGUGGUUUCUCCUACUCGAGGAAAAUUCAACUUCACAGUCGUACUCGAAUCCUCGACAUCAUUACCAGAAAGGCCCUGGGAAGUAUCAAUAUGGUACGACCAUGGCAGCUAUUCCGGUUCCAGAUCUUCCUGGCAGGCUCUCGAUCUGAACUUAGUCGAUCAUACUCCAGCCGUCCUUCAUGACGACAGGCAACGCUCCAACUAUCGUUAUACCUUUUCCGGUGACCUCGACAGUCCCUAUGUCUCGCCAGAUAAGACCUACAAGGGCCGGAGAGUACCGUUCACCAUUCGCUAUCGGAUAGAUCCUAAUAGUGAGUGGUCAUGGGUAUACCACAACUUUGGCAUCAAGGACGGCGAACUUGUCUUACAGCCUCCCAUCGACCCUAACUUUCUCGGAGCCUACCCUGUUGACAUCGGCGAAGGCUGGACUAUCAGAAAGACUCCCAGCGAUGCCCCUGCAGCGCGCCUUUACACGAUUGAAUCUGCGCACCCUAUCCCCACUCCAGCAGAAGGAAAUGCCAACUUCGAAUCACUUGUGCUUGGUCGCGUCACUCAGGUUUGCAGAUGGUUUGCCCUUGUCCGGAUCUGGGAGCCCUGGUUUGCACCACGGCAUGGCGACAAUCAAUUGCACUUGAGUGAGCCAGCUAUCUUGAUGUCAUUUCUGCGAUCGGACGGGCUCCAUGUGGUUCUACUGGCCGUCAAUGGUAUCGAUGAGGUUCUCACUCAUUUCGGGUCGACCGCAAAUGGAGAGAUUGUCGUCCAAGCAAGAAACGACUCUGGCAGGGACCGAAAAUUCAAGGUCCUGGCUGCUUCGGCCUGGAAGUUUGAAGUUGCCAACGCAGCGGUCAUGUACGAGGCACGCAAGUUGGUUCGGCAGUCAACAGCAUAUAAUCAACUGGUCGAACAACUCGACCAAUUGCCGAAGAGCAUCACAGCCGAAUCAGUUGACUCGGAUACUGUCCUCGUCAACAACAAGAAUUCAACAGACGAAAGUGUAGUGACACCACAAUGGCUUGAAUCCUGGUACGAUAGCCUAGCUUACUGCACCUGGAAUUCUCUUGGUCAGGACCUUAACGCCGAAAAGAUUAUGGAAGGCUUAGACUCUCUUGCCAAGCAUAAAAUCAAUAUAUCGACCCUCAUCAUUGACGACAACUGGCAAUCACUCGACGGCAACCAAGGAGACACCAAUCAGUUUCACCGUGGCUGGAAGGCUUUCGAAGCGAAUCCUCUGGGAUUUCCUGAAGGCUUGAAGUCGGCUGUCGCCAAAAUCCGCGAAACACACCCCGCCAUCCGUGAUGUGGCUGUCUGGCAUGCCCUGAUGGGAUAUUGGGGUUGCAUUUCUCCUGAAGGAGAGCUCGCGAAGAACUAUAAAACCGUCGAGGUCAAUUUCCGCGAAGGCACUCCCAUGGCUGGUCGGAAACUCACGAUUCAUCCAGACGACAUCCACAGACUGUAUGACGACUUCUACCGUUUUCUGUCCAACGCUGGCGUUACCGGCGUGAAAACGGAUGUACAAUUCUCCCUAGAUCUUCUUGCAGACACCAGUGAUCGCCAGACGUUCACCAGCACCUAUCAAUCUGCUUGGACUCAAGCUCAUCUACGUCACCUUACUGGCAAAGCCAUUUCAUGCAUGUCGAUGGUUCCCCAAAUUCUCUACCACAGCUUUCUUCCUACUACAACACCGAGAAUCAUGCUUCGCAACAGUGACGACUUCUUCCCGGACGUACCUACUUCACACGCGUGGCACGUCUUCGUCAACGCUCAUAAUGCGCUAUUCGUCCAACAUCUCAAUGUCCUGCCUGACUGGGACAUGUUCCAAUCCAGUCAUCCAUACAGUGGUUUUCAUGCUGCUGCACGCUGCCUAUCGGGCGGGCCGAUCUACAUCACCGAUACCCCAGGCGAGCACGACGUCAAUUUAAUCCAGCAAAUGACCGCCCUUAACCCACGAGGUCAGACCGUCAUACUCCGCCCAAGCACGGUCGGCAAGACCAUGGGCGUGUAUGACAAAUACGACGAGAGAGGCGUGCUCAAGAUUGGUGUCUACGACGGUAAAUCAGAAACCGGUACUGGAUUGCUCGGUGUUUUCAACAUUGCGGAAUCCGAUCUCAGCUUCAUUCUGCCGAUCACAAAAUUCCCUGGCGUCAAUGCUCCCGACUCAGGAGUUUCAGAGAAGAAAUGGAUCGUUCGCUCGCAUUCUUCUCAACGCAUCACCCAGCCAAUUCAUCCUUCCGACCCUAUCAAGCCAGAUGGCCUCCUCCAAUGCACACUGCCCAUCCGUGGGUAUGACGUUUGGAGUGCUCUUCCUGUUCACUCUUUCAAAAUACCAUCUUCAGAUUCAAACCUAGACGUGGCCUUGAUAGGUCUGCUAGGUAAAUUCACAGGUGCCUGCGCCAUGGUUGAAUCAAGGUUCAGCCUUGCAGAAGCCGAGUCUGAUAUACAAGCACAAUCCGGUUCUCGCCUGAAGAUACAUGUUCAACUCAAAGCUUUCGGCGUCUUUGGGAUCUGGUUGUCAGACGUCCAGUCGAGUUUCCGCAAGGUCGAAGAUAUGAUGGUCAUGAUUCAGGGGAAGCCUAUCCCUCAACAUGUUGUCAGGCUGAAUACCGACAAUGUGCCCGAGGGAAGUGGAGUCCUCGAGAUCGAUGUUGAAAAAGCGUGGAACGAGAUGGACCUUGAUCCUGGCUGGGGUAACGAGGUCGGAGUGGAUAUCUUCUUGAAGUGAUUUCCGGCCAUCGCAUGAAUGAUCAUCAUGUCGUUGAAGAUCAAACGACGACUUACACCAACGCCAUUCGCGCAACCGAUGCCCCAGAAGCACCUGCAGCUCUUGUUGUCCUGGUUCUUUUUUCACCCAAAUCUAUGCGAUCGAUGAGACAUCUCUGAAGGAUGAUCGAUCUAUACGAGGCAGCAAUGCUUCCGCUCUUGACUUGUUGACAACUGGCGGUGCCUACAAGUCAAUGUCUCGACCACCCCACCACAGCAGUUCGGGACUGAUCAUCCCGUAUGUUUGCCUAGCGACUCUGGCCCCAUAAUGACCACGCGGAUAUGAAAUAUGAACACGAUUAUGAACAUGAAUUCUUUUGCAAAGCCCACUUGCACAGAAGAGGUGAAAAAUGCACCAGCAAAACAAUGCAAGUACAGAGUCUCGAAGGAUAUGAUUCGACUCUAUCAGAGCACAGCAUGGGCUUUUCCAAGGGAUGAAGACAGUGCGGUGAUUUACUCAUUUACAUACGGGUUUGCUGUUUGCUCCGUCUCCUUGAUACUUAUGUAUCUGAGACACCCCCCCAGCUGGACCAGGACUUUCCAGCCACCAAGAGAAAGGAAGCACGAUGACCAGACCGGCUCGCUUCCGGUAUGUGACACUAGCUGAUCGCAUACAAAGUGGCUUGAAUUGAAGGUCUAGAUUGGAAGGCUGCUGCUCUGCUGCUGCUGCCUUCUUUGGGCGAGUAUGCCGGCCAGUGUGCUGGUGAGUCCCUCGCUGAGCUGCAUGGGCAGAUAUUCGCCACCGUCCGACCGUUACUAUAUUCUUACCUUACUCAAACCCAAGAUAUCUUUUAACCCGCCUUACAUAGAGAUAGAGGGGGGCUCAAAUCGCUGAAACGGAGUAGAACAAAUAAUAGAUGUCCAGG